GAUGGCGGUCUCCGAUGUAAACAAAACAUGCCUGAACUGAUCGAUCGUCAAUAAUCUUUUGUCCGUAGCAUCCUAAAAAACAGUGCCCCAACUAAAUAUAUUAAAUUAUGAAUCUUAAAUUGAAAAAAAAAAUUAGCUGUAACAACUUUGAACUUGAGUCAGUGUAAAAAAUAAAUAAGAUACGGACUUUCAAAUUUAAAAUGUUUUAUUGCCUUGGAUAUAAAUAUCUAAUUAAAAUAUAGAUAUAAUUAAUGACAUUUCUCUUAAAUCUGUAAUUAGAUUCAUUAAUUAGAGAGUAAGGCAUAAAUUGUUUAUUUAAUUAAUCCUAUUGAUUGUUAAUUAAAUUGGUGGCAAUUAUCUGAUCGGUGUUCAUUGAAUGAACUGCCACCAUACGUGAACAAGAACGGGCAUGCAACAUUAAACAAUUUGUAGUGACGAGACAGUGUACAAAUUUGAAGGUGGGAUUUAGAAUAUUAUUAUCUAUGAACAAAUACUAAUUUUGGGAUGUAGUUGACAAGUAAAUUGCAUUUAGCUGCAGUUUGGAUACAAUUUGCUGUUUUAUGGUGCUUAAUGUGCAGAAAAUAUAUAGAUUUAAUAUGAACCACAGAAUGACAUAAAAUGGAUGACAGAGUUCACAGAUUAACAGAUAAUUUACAGGGAACGACUAGAAACCUGCGUUCCUUGGAUCGCAUGUUAGAUUCUUAUCGUGAUGUUACAAGAGAACAGCGAAGCUCAGUCGAUAGGUUACGUGAUGAGGUAGCAAGAACACAUGAUCAGGUUAGACGAGAAAGAGCAAGAAGUCCGUCAUACAGAGAUUAUGGGGACAGUGGAGGACAGAGUGAUAGUGAAUUUGAAGGUUCUCCGACUGUGACUAGACGACGAAGGAAGAGAAGUUCUACUGUACGGUUUGCAGAUGAUAUGAACAGAGAACUUCACACUUUAAAUAAUUCAUUACGAGAUUUGUCCAAUGACCAUAUAGAUUUAGGGCAUCAGUUUCAAUCAGAAGUUGGACGAAGAGAAAGGAGUGAAUAUGAAGCCAGAAGGACAAUGAAAGAUAUAUCAGAAACACUGAAGAAAAUGCCACAUGAAGAUCCUGUUGCUUCCCGAGUAGAGAGAAGGUUGAAUGCUAUACAAAACGAGUUACAAGGAGAUAGGGACAGACAUGCUUAUGAUCGUUACGAUGAAUUAUUGAAUUUAUCAACUGAUUUACGACAGGCAUUAAAUCAAAAUCAACAUUAUGCACAACAAGCAGCAGAUGAACGAGUCAGGAAUCAGUAUUUACAAUCAGAAGCCAAUAAAAUCAGAGUAGAGUCAGAUUUAGACAACCUAAAGAGAAAAUUAGAUCAGAGUGAAGGUGGCAAAGUAGCUCUUCAAGCACAGGUGGAUGAAUUAAGGUCACAGUUACACAGAAUAGACAAUGAAAAAGGUCGUCUGAAACAACAGAUGGAUGACAGCCGAUAUGAAGAUGAAAUUAGAGAAAGAAGGAAAAAACGAUCAGUGGAAGAGGAAAAGGACAGAGAUAGGAGAUUAAUGGAAAGAGAAUUACAGGAGUUACGAGGUCAGUUAACUCGAUCAAUUAGUGCUUCAAGUGAAAUGGAGGAAUUACGGCGAGGGAUUGAACGCAGUGAACGUCAAAGAGUUCAGCUUUCGGAUCAUAUAGAGACUUUGACGAAAGAUUUAGAUAAUCGUGAAAAACAGGCUGCCAAGCUUAUUACACAAUUAAAAGAAAUGUCAGACAAGUUUGAAGCUUCUGAUCGACAGAAGAAUCAGUUACAAACUAAUUACGAUGAUUCUUCUAAUAAAGUGAAAGAAGUUACUAAAGACUUAGAAAAAACGACUAAUGAAUUACGGAAUACACAGUUAUCUUUACACGAGUCAGAAAAGAAGAAGGAUGAAUUCAAAGCUCGUGCUCAGGAAACAGUCAGACAAUGGAAAAUGAAAGUAAAACAAUUAGAGCGUGAAGUUGACAGACAUAAACAUGGUGCUAAUCAGUUAAUACAGAGAAAUGAACAGCUAGUCAAAGAUCUAGAAAGUCAUCGACACCAACUACAUCAUAAUGGUAUGCAGAUGGAGAAUAUGAAACGAGAGCUCGGUGAUGCUUUGGCUGUAAGAGCUGCUCAGGAUGAACAAAUCAGAAUCAAAGAUGUGGAACUUAAUGAACUUAAAUCUGUAAGAAUAGAUAUGGACAGAGAGGUCAGAGACUCAAGAACAAUUGUAGAAAGGAUGGAGAAUGAAUUAAAUAACAAUGCCGCCAAAUUAGCAGCCGUAACAGAGGAGAGAAAUAGGAUAGAGGACAGAAUGUCUUCACUAGAGGCAGCACAUUUACUGGCCCAGGAUCAGGCCAAUCAACUACAGCAUGAAAUUAAAGAAUUGAGUUCUAUAAAGGCGGAGAUAGCGGCUAAGUUGUCAGAAUCUAACGGAAAAUUACAUGAUUUGAAACAGAAUUAUAUAGAGAUGCAGCAUAGAGAAAAGGCAGCCAGAGACGAGGCCAAACUUUACCAACGACAGCUACAUGAGGAAAGAGAAAAUCACCAAGAACAAAUAGAGUCUGUAAAACAAGAACUUAGUGAGGUUAAAGUUCGUGAAGCUCAUGUUAUGCAGGACAUUCAGAGGAAGAUGAAGAGAGGUCAUGCGGAAUAUGAAGCUACUAUACAAACAUUAAAGAUGGAGCUGUCAGAAGAAAAAUCGGCACAUAAAAUCUCAAAGAGAAAUGACGAGAAGAAUAGAAUGGAAUGUGAGAAACUUACCAUAGAAAUGGUCAGAUAUGAAGAGGAGAAUGGACGAUUGAUGAGAAAAUUAGAGAAGAUUCGUCAAGAAUAUGAAACUCAGGGAUCUAAUUCCGGUAAACUUACAAUGUCACCACACCUCCGUCCCCGGCGGAAACGAGGAUGUCUAACUCAAAUGGCAGAAAGUGAUAUUUCAAGGGUUAAAAGAGUGGAGGAAGAAUUAUUUUCAGUCCAGAAUGAUGCUAAAAGAUUCCAGGCAAAUUUUGAGGGUUUAUUACAUGACAUGGUAGCAGAAAUUGAUUCCUUAAUGGAGAUUACAGCUGUUGGCACUAGAAAUCCCUAUCAGCCUGUAGCCUCAUCGACAGAAGGACCAAAUGCCACUAUUGCUGAAGCCAAGACUAAAAUGAAAUGGUUGAGAAGCGAUAUGAGGAACAGAUUAACUAGAGAACAAAAGUUACGGAAUGAUUUACGUGAUGCCAUUAAUGCUAACGAGAAUGAUCGACAGUACUUACUGUCAGAACUAGCCAAGCGUGAGGAUGUCCUGGACGAAUUAUCCGUAGUUAAACAUGAAUUAUCCAAGAGAGAAUUUGAUAGUCAAAGUGCUGUAGAAAACUUAAAGGAUCAUAUAUUAGACUUGACAGAUGAAAUAGAACUUCGUAAAAUUAGAGAAGAAGAAAUUAUACGAUCUCAUGUUAUGGAUAAGAAACAUAUCAUUGAUGAAAUGGAUGAUUUAAAGCAUGUACAAGAAGAGAAGGCUAGGAUUGAGAACAGGUACCUCAAGUUACAGGAUACAAUGAGGGCUCUACAAGAUGAAAUUCAGUCGGCUAAUUUUUGUGGUGCAAAGAUAACAGAAAUAGAAAAUAAUAUGCACAAUUUACGGAAAGCCACACCUAAGAAGAAAAGAGUAAGAAUACAAGACACGUCUCGUAGCCGAUCAAAAUCUCCACUCAGUCGAGCCAAGUCACCUCUACGACCUAAGUCCCCAUUAGUCUAGUGAUAUUAUUUAUUGAUAGCAAUAUAACUUGAUAGAGAUCAUGGCAGCUUGUUUAUUCUCAAGUAUUUGCCAUUAUUUAUUUUUUAGGCUAAUUACUAUGUGUAAUUAUAUGAACACAGAUGAUUGUUUCAUCUUUGCAUUUAUGUUGCAGUGGAUAAACGUUGAUGGAACUGUUAAAUUUUGUGAUACACUUAAACCAACCAAUAUAACCGAUUGUCACAUUUGAUGUUGUCAAGUAUCACAUGACCAAGUCGCUGAAUAUUUUCAUAUGUAAUCUGACGCAAGGAAUGCAGAAAAAAAUCAUAUUAUAAAUACAUGGACCGUAUGAAAUCUCAAGAAAAUGUAGUUGGUGACUUCACGAAGGUCAAAAAAGUCAUAUGACUUGACAUUGUACUUCCGUCCAUUUUAAUCUGUUAUUGAUAAUAUAUCCCAUCAUUCCAAUGAUAGCAAAUGAACUUUGAUUAUAAUAUUAUUGGUUGUUAGUGCAUUUUUUAUAUAUGAAGAAUUUUUUUUAAAGAUAUUUUUAAAUAAGUCUAAUAUUUAUAGAAAUUUCAUUCCAUUGAAUUUUCUACAUUCCGCCAUUUAAAAUUUGUGAAUUUUUCCACUUUAUAGAAUUCCAUACUUUGUUAUAUUGUUUUAUUAUUGUCUCAGAGGAUUUUUAUCUCCCUUUUUUCCGAAAGCUAAGUGACAAACUGAAAUUAAGAAAUGAAUGUUAUUUUGAUAAAUUUGUUUGUUUGUUUUGAAUUGAGUCAAUUAAGGAGUUCUGUUGUGUUCCUAACAAUCAUGGUAGGAUAUCUGGUAGGUCAAACAUGGUUUUAUUUAAAGCUAGUGUUAUUUUGCAUCCUCUGUAAUCUUGACAUUUUCAAAGGGCAAGUUUACCCAUACCUUACAACUACUCUAUAUAUUGUUGGGAGAUUUUAAGCACGAGAAGACCUAUUGCAUCUCUAUAUAAACAUGUUGUAAAUGUUUAAUCUAAUAUACUAUGGUUUUGAAUGGGUAAAUAUGUGCAUAAAUAUCAUUUUCACCCCUUUGAAUACUGUAAAUUCAGAAAUUAUUGUGUGCAUUUAUUAUUGCGAUUUUGUCAUUUUAGACUAAAAUGCAAUUUUAAUUUUUGCGAUAUUGAGAAAAUCCUGUUUAAUUUAUAUAAAAAAAUUCAAAAUGCGAGUUUAAAUUAUUGCGAUUAUAACCCUGUCGCAUUUUUCGCAAUAAUAAAAACAUCGCAAUAAUUUCUGAAUUUACAGUACCUGUUUUGAGGUACAUAUGUAUUCAGUUUAUAUAAGGAAGAUUUAAAGAGUCUGGUCGACACCUUUUAUAGAAGAAAUCCCAC